GGCCUUAAAUUUACAUUUUCUGUGUGUCCCGGCCUGAGUGGAUGCGAGUGGGAGAGUGUGUUGACCAGUUUCCAAAAGCGGCCGCGGCAAAGCGAAGACACACCUCGGACCUCACCGGCGACCGUGACAUGUGCUCGCCUUGACGUCCCCGCACUUUGGCAUCGUACGAGUGGCUCAAAAGUCGCAGGAAAAGAAGAGCUGUUGAGAUUCGCGUGACCCUGGUCUGUCGCUGUCACCAGGGAGGAGUGUCAUGGCUGAGCCAGACUAUCUGGAGGGAGACUGCGGCGAGCUUAUCAAACCAAAGAAGUUGAUCAACCCGGUCAAGAACUCCCGAAACCACCAGGACCUGCACCGGGAGCUGCUCAUGAACCAGAAAAGGGGCCUGGCUCCUCAGAACAAACCCGAACUGCAGAAGGUUCUGGAGAAGAGGAAGAGGGAGCAAGUCCUCAAGGCUCAGAAAGAGGAGCAGGAGGCGCAUAAGAAGAGGAGCGACUUGGAGAUCGAGCUCAUGAAACGACAACAGAAACUGGAGCAGCUGGACCUGGAUCAACAGAAAAAUGAGGAGGAACAAGAGAAUACUCCGGAGUUUGUGAAAAUGAAGAGCAACCUCCGCAGGACCAAGCAGGAGACGGACGCCGAGGAAAGAGCCACUUAAGACCCAGAAAUCCGUCAGUGGCUCUGGCACGCCACAAGUGUGUGUGUGUAAGCCAGAGUGUGUGUGCUGACCCGACCCUGGUCCCAGGUGAACCUUCCUGCCUUUUCCCCAACCGAGCUGCUCCUCCCUGCAGUGAGGCGAAAGACUUGUACUGACUAGAGAACCCCACGGACCAGCAGCACUCACUAGUCGCAGCGGCACACAGCACCCUCUGCUGGAGAGACUGGCAUGUUACAUCCCUUUUCAGGCCGGCUGAUGACCUCUAACGGAGAGCCACGCACACAGACUUUGUCUUUCUGUCUGUUUCACUCGCCUCUCCACACCAAGCUGUCAUGUCUCUGUACUGUUAUCGUGUUUUAUUCUCACCCACAGAAUCAUAGAAGGAUAAGUGGACACUGGAUGGACUCUUUAAAGCUGUGUAAUUUGUAAAAAGCCAAACAAAAUGUGCUUUUUGUUAUUUAUGUUCUUAGCUUUUAGCCCAUUUCUAGAGGGGAUGCAAAGGGGACACUUUUAGUUGUUAUUUUUAUUUUGUUUCACGGCCUAGAUGACGAAGCCAGAACAGGACAAAGGGAGUGUAUGCUUGUUUUAUUUUUGUUGUUUUUUUAAAUUUCCAAACAUGCCACUUUCUCAGCUAACGCAAUUUGGAGCAAUAGAACUCCCCGGGCAUGAGAAAGUUAUUUUUUUCUUUAUACAGCCUGUUUUGUAUUAAUAAAAGUGUUACUUAAAUAUU